CACACGUAUAAGAGGUGGAAGUGAAAGUGAGCUCGUAUUUCUGCGUCUGCUCUUUCACUGUACAGACAUGGAAAAGUUUCAGGCAAUUCUUAAGUUUGCCAGCAAACAAACCAACUUUGGAUAUGGAUUGGUUGCUCUGAUAACGGCAUGUGGAGAGCAGAUCUUCUCAUCGGUAGCCUUCAAAUGUCCCUGCAAUGAGCUGAAUUUUAUCUACGGCUUAGUCUUUCUGUUGAUGCCAGCCCUGGCCUUGCUGCUGCUUGGCAUCAUUCUCAGUAAGAAGACUUGGAAACUGACGACAGGGUUUUGCCAUCGCAACUCAAAGCUAUGUAACUGGAGGAAUCUGAAGAGCAUGGGAGUGACUGUCUUCCAAAUCAGUGCUUCUGCACUGGUAGCGCCGUCUACUUGGAUUGCUGUGGCUCUGCUGCAUGGCAGCUAUUAUGAGUGUGCCAUGACGGGGGCCAACUCCACCAGCUACACUGAGGUUGUGUGCAGGGGGGUGAACUUUGAAGCCAAAUGCGUUACAGAGCUGCAAACGUUUCCUUGUAGAAACACUGGAAAUGAAAUAGAGGAAAUUCUGCGAACCGUCAGAGCUCAUUCUCAGAUUCUGGGCUGGCUGGUCAUCGCCUCCAUCAUGAUAUCCAACCUGUUGAUGAUUUGUGUGGCUCACUGCUUCUCCCCCAUCAGCUACCUGCAGCUAAAGUUUUGGAAGAAUUAUACUGAGGAAGAGAAUGACCUCAUGAACAACUACUCAACACAAAACUUGGUCUCUUACCACCGUGGUCCAAAUAAGGAGACGGCAUUCAUGCUGCACAAAACUGAUCACAGUGUUGACAGCACCACAGCAACUAUUCUGGGCUGGCUGGUCAUCGCCUCCAUCAUGAUAUCCAACCUGUUGAUGAUUUGUGUGGCUCACUGCUUCUCCCCCAUCAGCUACCUGCAGCUAAAACUACAGAUUCUGGGCUGGCUGGUCAUCGCCUCCAUCAUGAUAUCCAACCUGUUGAUGAUUUGUGUGGCUCACUGCUUCUCCCCCAUCAGCUACCUGCAGCUAAAGUUUUGGAAGAAUUAUACUGAGGAAGAGAAUGACCUCAUGAACAACUACUCAAUUAAACAUGCCAAAGAGCUUGCAAAGAGGAACCUGACGAGCUUUUUUAAUCAGACCCUGCCGGCAAAAAUUGUCACCCCCUGCAAUAAGGAUUGGGAGAAGAUUUCCUCACUCUAUAAGUUCAGUACCAAAGACCACUUCUACAGCACUCUGCAUGGAUACAUAGAAAACAAGGACAAGACGGAAGGUUGCAUGAGGUUGGCUUCAAUGAGGUCAAAUGAGUUUGCUAACAACCCUCCAGUUCUAGACGUUGAGGAUGGAGGAACAGCAGCUCUGUGAGGACGAACCGGCUCAACCCAAGACUUGAUUUCAGAUCCAGCACUCUUGGGAGCUUCAAGAAUGAUGUCCUGGGGUUGGCUUGGGUCAGUCAAGUUAAGCAGUAGCUACUUUUGUGAAAACUUGUUACCGGGACAAUUUAGAAUUUCCUACAGUAAAGCUAAAUGAAGAAACGUUAGCAUCCAAAAUACUCCCCUGUUUUAAAGAAUUCACAAAAAGUCAAUAUUGUAUUUUAAAAACUGCAUAACCCUAGAAAACUUUCAGUAUAAAAAGUUAAAUCCCUUUUGCUGUGUAAAUUUUACCUAACAUAAUGUACCCAACAAAGAGUACUUGUCAUAAAGAAUAGAUCAAAACAUGAUAACUUAGAGUGGUUUUAUUUUUUUAUUUUUAACUGUGGUAUGUGUAAGAAAAAGAACAUAGGAAGUUCCUAAAAGCAUGCUCAAAAAUUACUAAAACAUUAGGAAUUUAAAAGAUAAAAAAUUCCUAAAUAAAAGAUAAUAAAAUGAUACUAGAAACUUGAUCUUUGGUCCACCCAUUCCUGGGACAUGUGAGACUUCCCUGGUGAAAGCACAGACUGCUUGAAACCAGACACAUUGAAAUUCAUGUAAAUAGUUUUGCUCGGGUUGUCACGGUGAGGGAAGGUUGAAGCACCCAGGCGCAGACAGGAGAGGAGGCAGGAGUUCCAGGAACAAGGGCUUUUAAUGAUAAAACUAAACAAACCAAAAACCACUGCUAAAGCAGGCAAACCAAAACUCGAAACUUGAAACACUCAUUAUACUCGAAAGCAGGGGAAGAGCAGAAUUACAAACUAUGGACCAGCCCAGGAGGAAGGGAAAGACAAGACUUAAAUACAUACAAGGCAACAAGACACAGGUGGAAACACUCAGGACUGAUGGGGAAAGGUAAAACUCAAACAACAAAUAAAACAGGAAAUACUACAAAAUAAAAGGAAGUAACUGAAACCUAUCCAGGAAAUAAAGGAACCAAACACAAAGAAACUGAAACCGUUACACAGGUGAAAGUCACCCGGGGAUAAUCCUCUAGGGUUCAUCUUUUUGCCCUGAAUUGAGUUGUUUCAGUGUUAAAAUACUUUUCUAUUGGGGAAAAAAACUAAAAUUUUGUCUUUAAUAAAUGAACACAAAUCAGAAGCUUGGCUAUAUUGAAUCCUCAGUAUCUGUAAAUAUUUAUAAACGUUUUACACCAGAGGGAAAAACCAUUUUGUUAAGGAAAAAUAUAUUUUCUGGGAACAUUUAGACGUCAGCAUCAGCCAUGAAAAUCUUGUCUGACAUGAAAUCAGUCUGUAACUUCAAAACAAUUGGAGACCACUGAUCUAAGAAACCCCAGAAUGCUGUUUCCAUAUGUAAUGCUGUUGUAACACAGUUAUAGUUUUGCUAAUAAAAAACAUAUUCAGAA